GAAUUGUGAUGAUAGGGAUGACACUUUGAGAGCAUGGAACCUCCUAGGGGACAGGAUCUUGUUUUCAUCAUCCUCAUGGUCCUUUUCUGCUUUGUUGGCAUCCCAAUCUCCGUGAAGAAGGGUGACAAUGGAGUGAUUGCAAAUCAUGAAGAAACAUUCCAAGAUUUCAUGGUCAAACAUGGCAAAUUGUACAAGAAGGGCUCCUCUGAGUACAACAAUAGGUUGAAGAAUUUUGAGGAGAGUCUUAAGAGGAUACAGAAUCAAAAUAACCGGAGGACAUCAACAAGAGAUGCUGUUUAUGGUAUCACACCCUUUUCUGACCUGUCUCCUGAUGAAUUUACCAAAAGGCACUUACUCAAGUACCAGCCAAGACAAAAUCUAGGAAAACCACCUCAGCUCCUCAAGGCUAUCAAAACCCCUGAGAAGUUUGAUUGGAGAGAGAAGAAUGUCAUUACAGCAAUCAAAGAUCAAGGAAAUUGCGGAGCUUGUUGGGCAUUCAGCAUAGUAGAGUGCAUUGAAACAAUGAAUGCUAUUCAUGGAGCUCCUCUUCAAUCACUCAGUGUUCAACAGAUAAUUGACUGUGCAGAAAAUGGAAAUCAGGGCUGUGCUGGAGGGAACACAUGCACAGCCUUGAACUGGCUUGUAGAGACAAACACUCCAGUUGUCUCAGAGGGAAAGUAUCCUCUCACUCUUCUGGAUGGGAAAUGUCAACUACCCAAACCCAAGACAGGGAUUCGUGUUGCAUCAAAUUUCACAUGCAAAAACUUUGAAGGACAGGAAGAUGGAAUCCUGGAGUUGUUGGCUAGUCAUGGUCCAGUUGCUGUGGCUGUUGAUGGGACUUCCUGGCAGGACUAUCUGGGUGGUAUCAUUCAGUACCACUGUGAGAGUAAUUUGAAUCAUGCAGUACAAAUAGUUGGCUAUGACAAGACUGGUGAUGUCCCCUACUACAUUGUCAGAAAUUCCUGGGGAACAAAAUUUGGACUUGAUGGAUAUCUACAUAUUGCAAUUGGCAGCAAUCAAUGUGGCAUCGCAUUGGAGGUAGCCUCCUUGGAUGUUCUACCAUGAAUGAUUUAGCUGAUGUCUUCUCUCAGCAUUCCUCAAACUGUGAUAACCAUGUUGCUGCCUUCAUAUUUCUGCUUGCAUUGUACAAAAUAUGGUUACAUGGUGAUAUAACCAUGACUGCAUGUUUCCAUCCUCUGUGUGCUUAAGAGCUAUGGGAUAUAUCAGAACAAUUCCCAAAGCUUCAUUUUAAGUCUUGGAAUA